AUGUAUACUUUAUUGAGUGGUUUAUACAAGCAUCUUACGAGGAAGGAAGAAUACUAUGUGCUAAUUAUUGGUUUGGACAAUGCUGGCAAAACAACUUUAUUAGAACGUAUUAAAUCAAUAUUUAUGGGUAUAGCUGGAUUGGCUCCAGACAGGAUAGCACCAACUGUUGGUUUAAAUAUCGCCAAGGUAGAUAUAAAAUCAGUCAAAGUUAAUUUUUGGGACUUGGGUGGUCAGAAAGAAUUACAUUCCAUAUGGGAGCGAUAUUAUUCAGAAUGUCAUGCUAUAGUUUUCGUCGUGGAUUCAACAGAUUCAAAACGCUUAGAGGAGUGUAGAGAUACGUUUGAGAAAAUGAUUACAAAUGAUGCAGUUGAAGGUGUACCAGUACUCAUGCUUGCCAAUAAGCAAGAUGUACUUGGUGCGUUAAAGGUGGAGGAUAUCAAAGAAGUGUUCAAUAAAAUAGCAGUGAAAUUGGGAGCUCGUGAUUCAAGAGUAUUACCCGUCAGUGCACUGGAAGGUAAUGGUGUAAGGGAUGCAGUAGAUUGGUUGAUACUUCGCUUGCAACGGAACAAGAUGAACCGACCUCCAAGUUAUCGCUAG